CUUCUAUUGCCAUCAAAUUCAAAUGUGAUAUCCAUUGGGUUGGGAUAUUGAUGUGAAUAGAUGACCCUGACAUCUUCGUGCAAGGGAAGUUUUUCUCCCGUAUCGGAGAAGUUUUCUCCCAAACCACAGGAGGGGAGCAGAAAGUAGGGCCCUCGAGGAAAACACUCACGACAGCCACACCCACCGCAUUAGGACCUAGCCACCCUCCGAUUUGCCAAAAGUUGCAGCAGUAUGAGCUGCUUGAUUCGCACAGCGGCUAAUCCACUGCCAUUGGAUCGAAGAGAAGAAAGCAGCUCCAAAUCUCUUGUAAUAUUGGGCAGAUCUUCCAAGGCGUCAACGACCUUGUGGGCAAGGCUUUUACACAAAAGGGAAAAUCCCUUGCUGCCUGAAGAUCCUCUUGAGAGAGCCGCUGCACGCUCUUGGGCCAAAUUUGGUGAUGACAAGGUUUUGCCAUCUAUUUGGGAGUCAUUUACCAAUGAAGGGAAAGAGCAAGAGGAAGCUAUUGUAGAAGCCAAGGAGAACUUGAAGUACUUGGAAGAAGAGCAAAAGGGAAAGAAAUUUUUUGGGGGAGAGAAGCUUGGAUUUGCAGAUAUUGCACUUGGAUGGCUUGCACACUAUGAGAGUGUGUUUGAAGACGUAGCCGGAAUGAAAUUGUUAACAGAAGAAGAAUUUCCAUUGCUAUCAGCAUGGAAAUUGACUUUUGCAGAUGCUCCUAUAAUCAAAGAUAAUUGGCCGUCUAGAGACAAACUCGUCGCCAAAUUUCAGGCUACCCGUGAGGAUCAACUUUUGAAAAAAGCACCAAAAUGAGAUGGCUUGUGACCAUUGCAUGAAUGGAAACGAGGGGAAGUGUUAGAUACUGGUCUUACUAUCAAGAAUUACAGAGAGGAUCAUGGAUUAUAGUAAAAUAAGAAAUCUAAAUGAGAGUGUGUUUAAGAGUAUUUUUUUUUUUUAUCAUGCCAGAGGCACUUCUU